GCGGACCUGCCUAAUCAAUAACCGUCAAUGCUGGUAUAACAGACAAUGCAAGAGGCGAAAGAGGUAAGCAUAAAUGGGUACACGAUUAAUCGAUCGCAUCCAUCUCGCGCUGUAUCGGAGUUUAUCGGUCGUCAGCUAGCAAAAUACCUCAGUAAAGCACUUCACUUCAUCGCUUUGCCAGUGCCUCGUGUGGGGGAAAUAGUAGGCCUAUACUUUCUGCCAUACACCGAAUGUAAUUUGAGAGAGGUGAACGACAAUAUAUUUAGGAGGAUUGUUCCUGUGAUGUGCCACAAAAUGAUUAUUCAACUCGUAGGAUCAUAAUAAUCAUCAUGAUUGCAUUCUGUGGAUAAUUGCCACUCGUUUAUCUUCUGGAAUUAUUCGUUGGAAUCUUUGUUUGUAUAUGCAGUGUAAACGGAAUCACAUCACGGAUGAAUGGCAAGUUCAUGAUGUCGAAUAAAACCCGGUUGCCUGCACUGGAUGGCAGCAAACGUGAUGCGAAGUCAUCGACCACGGGUACGGGAGCGCCGACGAAGCAGGGCAAGAAUACGAUGGUUGAUCCAUCGGAUCCUAGGCGUGGUCACAUGAGCAAGAUGAAGUUUCCUAACAUCAGCGAUACUUAUCUGUAUAGUCAACAGCUCCUGGUGGAUACCUGUAUAGCGCUCCACGGGAUCAUUCUCCAGGAUCUGAGCAUGGGCAAGCGGGAGCUUCUUAAAGAUUCUUUCUUCAUCCAGGGAAGAUUCUAUGAGACAGUCACGUACAUCAUGAAACAGCAGGAUAAAACAUUAGACCAGGUAAUGAUGGAGUAUGAGCAUCCCAGGUUAAAAUACCUGCGAGGACGCGUCGUCAUCCAACCCAAGAUCGAUCUCGUGCUCGCCCGUCGGAAACCCGAGCAGGUGUCCGUCUCCGCGCUGAUGCUCCGGAAAAGAACGGCAGGCUACGAACCCGACUCGCGAAGCGUCCGAAGCGACAUGGCCCGUCUGGCGUAUCUUGUCCUGGAGAGGGCCUUCCAGUGGGGCUUCUACCUCUGGAUCGGACCCAUCGAGGAAUUAAGACACUUUGAAAUGAUGAACAGUUAUGCGGCUUUAUGUGAAGCCGAUGGACAGAAGAGGAACUAUAUCGUCUUGCAGAAACACACGUUGGUGUUGCCUCGACUUGGGAAACCUAUACCGUCGACAUUUCAAACGACACUUUUGUUGAACCGUAUAUCACCGGACUUUUGCCUAAGGUUGUACCGCAUCGAACCCGAGAUGACGAUGUGGGAUGACAAGGACGACGACGUCGCUAGAUUAUACGAUUUCUACAGCGGCAGUGGGAGCAUUCAUACGGGGCUUGGGAUGUGGGGGAUCAGUGACCAAAUCAAGAAUGUCAGAACACAGCUCAUGAAGAUCAGAGACUAUGUAGAGGCCAGCCUUUUCGACCGUGCUCGUGCCAUGCUGAUGAUGGCGAGGGUGAUGUUCACGGAUCUCGUGGUCGUAAAGAACCUGGAGCGGGAUGAGAUCGAGGAGACGAACUAUAUCAAGCAUCACAUGGACGAGUUGAAGCUUAGGAUAGAGCAAGGCUUGAAACAAGGGGCGUGGGACUCAUCGACGGAUGACGAUAUAUACAGCGAUGACGGAAAAUAACGACGCGAUUUGCAUUUAGAUGCAGUGUGGCAGCGAACGUUAGUUAUGCGGUACGCCGGUUGAAAUGAUGAAAAGGGAAAUAACGAAAUAUUAUUAUAGCAAACGGGUUUAUUGAUACAGCUUUCAGAAGAGGAGGCCAUUUUUAAUUGCCACUGACAUCUAGCGGAGAGUCAGCACUGAAUGACUGCGCGCGCAUACUGACAACAAGCUGAAAGGAAUAUGGACACGGUGAGCUGAGAGUGAAGACAAUCUGUUGAAAAAGGGAAUACAAUGUCGCCUAAAAUGCAACAAUGCAUUCAUAUUGGGUAUAUAAUUUAUGACAUCUCGCCAAUAAUUUAUUGAAUUUGUAGGUUAUUCUUCCCAGUUUUGCUGAUAACAAACUGUUGGAUCCAAAUACUAUAGUCUAUUUAAAGUGAAACC